CAAGAAUGAGCUAGAUUGAGGCCGUGUUAGUCAUGAGAGGCUGGCAAUAAUCGUCAUUGCGAUUGAUGUUUCGAACUUCACUUCCUCAGGUGAUCUCGACGUUGACAUAUUGUUUCAAGGUUUACUGCAUAAGGGAAGCCCAAGGCUGCACACUGCAUUUCCGCAGAAGCGAAAAAUCCAAGCUCCAAAGUGACCGUGUAACUGCAAUUUGGAGUCACAUUCCUGCAUGUGGCAAAACUGAUUAUGCCAAAUGUACCACGUGAUGCACGGCGGAAGUAAGCUUAAAACAUCAAUCCACCCUCACACUCUAAUCAGUUCAGCUUGGUCAACGACGGAGUGAACCACAACAGACUAUUUCAACUCGUAAUCCAGUUUUGAAAAUCAAGCGGUUUAUCUUCAACAUGUCUCUUUCAAAGCAGGUCAUUCCAGAAGACGUGUUUAUGGAAUUUGAAAUGAAGGGUAGUGUCAAUGGACAUUACUUUGAGAUGAAAGGUGAAGGAAAAGGAAAGCCUUACGAAGGAAUACAGAAAUCCACUUAUUGGGUCACCAAAGGAGGACCGCUACCAUUUUCCUUUGACAUACUGUCGUCAGCGUUCAAAUAUGGAAACAGAUGCUUUACUAAGUAUCCUGAGGGCAUGCACGACUAUUUCAAACAAGCCUUUCCUGCUGGAAUGUCAUAUGAAAGGACAUUUACAUUUGAGGAUGGAGGAGUUGCUACAGCCAGUGGACACAUUAGUCUUAAGGGCAAUUUGUUUACGCACGUAUCCAUGUUUCAUGGCGUAAACUUUCCCGCCGACGGACCCAUCAUGGGAAAGAGGACAACUGGCUGGGACCCUUCCUUCGAGAAAAUGACCGUCUCCAACAACAUAUUGAGAGGUGAUGUGACUAUGUUCCUACUACUCAAAGGAGGCGGUUAUCACAGGUGCCAGUUUCACACUUCUUACAAAACAAAGGAGCCGGUCACACUGCCCCCAAACCACGUCGUAGAACAUCGCAUUACGAGGACCGACAUCGAAGACAAAGGCAGCAAGAAGGUUCUGCUGGAAGAAACUGCUGUGGCUCAUGUUAACCCUUUGUAA